GGACCAGCGCCGAGAGCAGCGGAGCCGGAAGUGAGGAGACCGGAAGUAGGGUAGUCCUGGCCCUGGACGGCCCCUCUCUCCCUCAAUCUGGCCCGGCCCAGCCACAUCUCGAUGGUGCCAGCGCGCUUCCCUGGAGGCCCCCUCCGCCCCUCUCCAGGAGUCUGGCCCCGCCCCUCCCGCUGCGGCCCUAGCAACCACAUCCGGGACUCCGCGGGUGCCGUUGCCCGGGUAAUAUUGUGGUUGCGGCUGGAUCCUAAGAGGGGUGGUGCUGGGGUCCAGAUGCACCUGACAGAGCUGGGAGCUUGCAGAAGGGCGCGCGGGCCUGGUCUUGAGUAGCAGGAGGUCUCCAGCAGCCCUCAGCAGCCCUUCUUUCUUAUCCACACACCCCAGCCUCACGGGUUAGGCGUCCCCCAACAGACGGUGAGCUGGUGAAGGGAGGGUGGAGGUGGAUUUAGCUCACCGUCACGCAUAUUACAGGAGAGCCAAAGCUUCUUUCUCAGCUGCGUGAGAGCACGUAGAAGGUUGUUUCAGCCCCGCGGAAGAGCGGAGGGAAUAUGGGGUAAAGGAGUAGAUGGGAUGCGAGCGCCUCACCCUCGCUUUCCCAGAGCCUGCUGAGCCCCCACUCCGGGGCUGUACAGUCACGCCCACGCGCUUCAGGAAGACCAGAUUCCCACGCCCGGCAGCCCUGAGUUCUUGCUCUUUGUCAUCACUUUCUGCUCGGCUCACAGUGGAUCCUUAUUACUUUUCUUUCCUGCGCCUCUUUCUUUAUACAGAUGACUAAUUUAUGCUUUCUUGCUUGCCCCGUUACUUCCUAAGUAGAUCGCUGCCCUGUCUACAGAAAUCGCUGAACAACCUCCUAUCUCAGAGCCCUUGUAGUUUCCUAAGUUGAGGCCCCAGCCUGUACUUUGGAUACUCUCCCUAUCCCCAGCGCUGAAUGGAAGGAACGUAGGACUCCAGUGGUGCUUGACAUCCCCGAAGCUUAUUUACAUACACUAUGUACAGUUGCUCCAUCCACACACAUCUCCCUUCAAGGUUUUAGACUGCUUUUCCUUUGACAGUCUUGGAUGCUCAUUUUUACCUCCAUUUCUCUUGUAGAAAUGAGAAAGGUAACAGUGCACCUAGUGGGAUUUACGUUUCUUUAGAUCCUACUUCUCACGUGCUUUUACUUGUCACAUAAGUUGACAAGACAUUUUUAAUAACUAAGUGCCUAAAGGCAGAACUCUUGCCUCUACAAAUUUCUAGGCUGUUUCAGCAUAGUGAAUGGUAUAUCCCCGUACAGAUACCGUCUCCAUAUCCCAGAAUAAUAAAAACCCAUGACACCACAAAUGUUUCAAAAGUAAAUAACAAUAUUUAUUAUCUGAGCUCUCCAUAACAUCUCCUCUGACAAAAAGAGUACAGAAAUCCCAUAACAUAAAUCUGUGUAUAAAGGGCCCUUAAGAAAACAUGGUACAUAUACACAAUAGAAUAUUAUUCAGCCACAAGAAGAAAACAAAUCCUACCAUUUGCAACAACAUGGAUGGAGCUAGAGGGUAUUAUGCUCAGUGAAAUAGGCCAGGUGGAGAAAGACAAGUACCAAAUGAUUUCAUUUAUCUGUGGAGUAUAGCAACAAAACAAAAACUGAAGGAACAAAACAGCAGCAGGCUCACAGAGCCCAAGAAUGGACUAACAGUCACCAAAGGGAAAGGGACUGGGAAGGAUGGGUGGGAAGGGAGGGAUAGGGUAUUAAGGGGCAUUAUGAUUAGCACAAGUAAUGUAGGGGGGGCCAUGGGAAAGGCAGUGUAGCACAGAGAAGACAAGUAGUGACUCUACUAGCAUCUUACUAUGCAGAUGGAUAGUGACUAAUGGGGUAUGUGGUGGGGACUUGAUAAUGGGGGGAAUCUAGUAACCACAAUGUUGCUUAUGCAAUUGUACAUUUAUGAUACCAUAAUUAUAAAAAUGUCAAAAAAUAAAGGGGCCUUAUCUUAAAUGGCUCUGUCCUGAACAAAAGAAAAGAGUAAAUAUAUGUGCCAAUUCACUCAAACUGUAACUUCAGUUCUGUAGUUUGCUGUGGAUUUUUCUGUUCAUGUUAGUCUUCUCAAUUAUAAGGAAAGGAUCCCAAUCUAGAAAAAUUAUUGCUCUUAUUGUAUAGGAACAGAAAGGACCUUAGUAACUAAGUAAAAGUGUUAGAGUUUCAGGAGGGUGACAAGGAAGAGGUGCAUGGCAGUUCUCAGUGGUGCUUGCAUGAUGUGUAUUUAACUGAGAGGGCUGAGGCUUUAAGUAUUCCUGCUAGCUGUCUCUUGAGUUUGGAGAACUUUUGCUUCAUUAAAGUUUGUCUAUUAAACUGUUAGAUGCAGAGGUGUUUCUUUUAUUAGAAAGAUGGACACUUACUUUAAUUAUUUGUCCUUAGCUGGAUAGUGUCCUUGGCAGCUACUGGUUUUGAUAGAGAUUCUGAUGGAUUUGGAGCUACUUUGCACUAAUGCUAACUUCUGCUUGUUGAAGGUGCAUUUAAUGAAUGUUAGGUUUUUGUACUGUGCAUGAUUAGUCCUCAUACACAGUUUUGUGCUGUGCAAGGCUAUAUGCAAUAUUAAUCUUCGCAUGAUUUCUGCUUCUCUAAGGGAAAUUAGAAUGUAGGUUGGCUCAAAGAAAACAUUGGAAUCCACUUCAGCUAUUGAUGGGAAACAGUGAAAUUCUAUGUCCUUUCUUUGGGAAAAAGGAAGCAGUAGCCAGUGUUCUUUGGAUGCGGGAAAGUGUUUCAUACUAACUGAAAUGUCUUAACUUGAAAUCUAACUCUGCUUAGAUGGAGAUAUUUUCCCUUCUUUCUUCCCUCCCUCUCCCCCUCUCCCCUUCCUUUCUUCUUCUUUUCCUUUCUUUUUAUCUUUGCCCCAGAGCUUGGGGAAUUCGGCCUGCUCAUUCUCUUUAGGAAGGAUAAAGAUUACUAUUUAGUUGGCAUCUGUACUUGGAAAGGUAAGAAAAAAGGAAAUAGUUGCCUGCCAUAUAUAAUUAUGACAGGGAGAUUAUUUACUGAGUUACCUUUGUACUGCUAUUGGAUAUUAUUUAGCUUUUGGAAAAUCAGGUACCAUUUAUUCACUUGGCUUGUGGGAACUCUGGCAGCCUAUCUUUCAUUUAUUGACCAGGAAGUAAAGGAAGCAACAGGUUAAAGGAUAUUGUUAUUAUUCCUUUCUGGCUGAAUUAAAUGUGCAUGCAAUCUUUUCUCUUUGCUUUAGAUGUUGAAUGCUGUAUACUGUUUAUCAAUAUUAUUUCCUCAAGAGAAAAAGGUGUUACCUUCUGAUAUUUUCUAGGGGAAUUCUGGUAAUGUUGCAAUAAUUUCCUCAUUCUUUAUCAAUAGCUCCCUUUUCAUGGAGGGUGUUACUCCUUUUUCAUGGAUUAAUUACUGAUUCCAUAGUGUAACUCUAGAAACAAACCCUUCAUUAGAGGAUACUGAUUAAUGGGGCAUUUAAGAAGCCCAUGAAUAGUAGAAUGAGUAGAACGUAAGAGUAGAAAUUGUUUUAGCCACAUGGAACCAAAAACUAAACUUUUCCAUAAUUUCAUUACCUGCCGUUAACAUUCAUCAUUUUGGUCAGUGUCUUUUUUAUCUGUGCAUAUAUUUUCUUCAUUUAUUUAACCCAUUGUUUUUGGGAACCUACCAUUUGCUGGGCACUGAGAUCUGUAGGAAUAGCCAUGAGCCUCUGCUCUCUUGUGACUUUCAGUAUAUAUUAUAUUUGUUGUCAUACAGUUUGGGGCUUUGCUUUUUUCACUUAAUAUAUUAUAGAAUUUUCCUCAUAUCAUUAAAUAUUCUCCUUGAGAGUCUCAGUUAUAUUUUAGCAUAUAUAUUCCUUAGUUUAUUUACCUAAUCCUUUUUGUUACACAUUCCAGUUAGUUCCAGUUCUGUCUGUAAUUAUAAAACAACGUGAGGGAUAUUCUUGUGUAGUAGAAUUCUAAGAUAAAUUCCAAUGACCCUUAACUUUGUAUAAUUCCCUCCCCACUGAACAUGAUAGGAUCUCAUUCCCACGACUAUGUUACAUUACAUGUCAAGCAGAUUUUAUAGAUGUAAUUAAAGUCACUCACCUGUUGACUUUAAGUUAAUCAAAGGGGAGAUAAUCUGAGUGAACCUAAACUGAUUACAUGAGGCUUUUAAGAGCAGAGAUUCCCCUCUGGUGACAGCAGAGAGGUCAGAGAGAUUCAAAGUGUGAGAGAGAUUUGGCAUGAAGAAGGUUCUUUGUUGCUGAAAUAAAGUGGGCCACUGUUGAGGACCCAAGGGAGGGCUCUAGGAGCUGGAGCUGUUGGAGUUUCUGCUAACAACCAACAACAAAAAAAUCAGGGACCUCAGUCUCCUAUAAGCACAAGGAAUUGAAUUCUGAGAAUAACCUGAAUGAGCUUGGAAGCAUAUUCUUCUCCAGAGCCUCCAGAGAAGAGCCCAAUCUGCCUAACAUCUUGAUUUGUGCCUUGUGAGACCCUAAGCAGAGGACCCAGUUGAGCCCACCUGGGCUUCUGACCUGUAGAACUGUGAGAUCAUAAAUGGGUACAGAUUUAAGCCACCAAAUGCAGCAAUGAGAAAAGAAUACAUUUGUAAGCUUCAUUAUUUUUAUAUCUAUAAUUAUUCUUUGGGGGUACAAAUCUUAGGUAAGGAUUUGCUGGAUAAAAGCUAUGCACAUUUUUCAGGUUUUUGUCUCAUAUUGCUAAUUUGCUUUUUUAGGCUUUGUAUCAAUUUAUGUGCUUCCUAACAACCUAUGUUACCACAUCCUGGCAGACACUAGAUACUGCCAUUCUGAUAGGUAAAAACAAGAAACAAAAACAUAUCUCCUGUUUUGAAAGAAGAUUUACAUUUCUAUUCCUAUCAGAAGGAUUGACCAUUGUUUUCUUUAUUUGAAGUUCAACUGGUAAGUCUAUUUCUUAUUCUUUAGGGUUUCAUUUUUUUUUAAAUUAAAGUAUCAUUGAUACAUGAUCUUAUGUUGGUUUCAAAUGUACAACACUGUAGUUCAGCAGUUACCCAUAUUAUUAAAUCCUCACCCCCUGUAGUGCAGUCACUAUCUAUUAAUGUAGUAAGAUGUUAAAGAGUCAUUAACUGUGUUUACCAUGCUGUACUACCAACCCUGUGACCAACUUAUAAUAUGAUUGCAAAUUAUUGUGCCACUUUAUCCCCUUCCCCCUCCCCCCCCGAGUAAUCACUAGUCCCUUCUCAGUGUCUAUGAGUCUACUGCUGUUUUGUUCCUUCUGUUUUGCUUUGUUUUUAUACUCCACAAAUAAGUGAAAUCAUUUGGUAUUUGUCUUUCUCCAUCCGGCUUAUUUCACUGAACAUAAUACCCUCUAAAUCCAUCCAUGUUGUUGCAAAUGGGAGGACUUUUCUUUUUAUGGCUGAAUAAUAGCCAUAUACACAAUAAUAUCCAUGUACCACAUCUUUUAUGUCCAUUCAUCUAUUGAUGAACACUUAGGUGCUUCCAUAUCUUGGUUGCAAAUAGUGCAGUGGUAAACAUAGGGGUGCAUAUGUCUUUCGAAUCAGGGAUCUUGUUUUUUUUGGGUAAAUUCCUAGGAGUGGAAUUACUUGGUCAAAUGGUAUUUCUGUUUUCAGUUUUUUGAGGAACCUCCACACUGGUUGCACCAAUUUGUAUUCCCACCAACAGUGUAGGUGGAUUCUUUAGGGCUUAUUUCUGACAAAUGGAAUUAGAUUUAUUGUUGACAUAGAGAAAUAGUACCUAACAUGUAACUAGAAUACUUCUACUGGUGGCAUGGAAUGUGUAACUGUUAUCACAGGAGGCCACACCAGUGUGACUCAAGGACACUGUGAUAAAGCGAAAAGAAGGGUAGACAACAUUAGAAAGCUUGGAUUCUGGUCUACACCCAACCACUUAUAGCUGCAUGAGCUUUGAAAUUUACUUUUACCUUCCUCCUGAAUUGUUUGGAAUACAGGAAGUAAAGCAGUUUAGAAACUAAAGCACUGGGACAGAGACAGCCUCAGAGCCUUCUCUGCGGGACCACAGCUCUGAGGCUUAGGGCCCGUCCGCCACCGGGCUGUGGAGAGGUUUGCACACACCUCUUAUUAAAGGGUAGAAUGAUAAAUGAGCUUAAUUUAGAGAAUGAGAAAUGUGCCAUUAUUCCCUUAAAAAAAUCUCAGAUGUUAUGCUAUGGGAGAAUGAAAAAUGUUGGCUUCAUUGAUGAGUUAGUUUUGGUGCUUACUCUUAUCUAGGGAAAAAGUCUAGUUUGCUUGGUUUGGCAUUAGAAAUGUGGUUGUUUGAGCAAAAAUUUAUGUUGUAUCUUACCAUAUAAAAUUGUAGAUUUAACUACUGUUUUAGGAGGAAAUAUAUACUGUUAAUUCUCAGGAAAAAAAUGCUUAUAUUCUGAGAUAAACAUCACUAUUUUCAAUUUGAUCAAGAUAAUCAGUAAUCUCUGGACAUGUAUAUUAUAUCUCUAUUUGGGAUUGGGUAAAGGAGGAAACUCAAGGAUGUACUUUUUCUAUAAUCCUUGUUAUUUGAGAUGAUAGGGUUCGUUUCUGACAAAUAAAGCAGGAGGGAAAAAGAAGAGAAGAAGAAAGGAAAGGAUGAAAGAAAAAAAAGGGCAGGUUUCCUUUUCCUUUUGGGGAGUAAGUUUGCUUGCUUUUGUUAUUUCUUAAAAAAUUGGUUCUUUCUACCUCAGGUUCUGAAGGUUGGAAUCUUCCUAAUAAGAGCAAGGUAUUUUUAAAUAUUUUGUUUGAAAUAAUUGUAGAUAUAUAGAAAAGUGCAGAAAUGUACUGAGCAGUGCCAUGUAUGAGCAAUAUUUUUUUAGUUGAAUGGUCAAAUUUUAUUUACUUAGAAAGGUUAACCCUCUCUAAUGGUUGGAUAUGAUUGCUCUUUUGUGUUUGCAGAAUUCAUAAUGGCCUAUUUUUCUAUGGAGGCCUGAUUUUGCUUUUUGUGGGGGUUAGGUUUGGAUAGGCAUUGAAAAUGCUGCUGGUGGCAUAGAAUGUGUAAGUGUUAUCGCAGGAGGCCACACCAGUGUGACUCAAGGGCACUGUGAUAAAGCGAAAAGAAGGGUAGACAACAUUAGAAAGCUUGGUUUCUGGACUACACCCAACCACUUAUAAGCUGCAUGAGCUUUGAAAUUCACUUUUACCUUCCUCCUGAAUUGUUUGGAAUACAGGAAGUAAAGCAGUUUAGAAACUGAAGCGUUGGGCUAUUUUAAUUAUUAAGAUUUUUUCAAUAACAACAACAACAACAACAAACACCAAAGAUUCCUUUACUGGUUGUAAUUCCUAUGAUAAAAAUUACUUAUUUGAUUUGAACAAUAAAGGCAGAGGAAUUUUGUCAAAUAAUUUUGUGCAAAACAAUGCAUGUGACAUCUUGAAACGUGGGAAAACAGAGAACAAGAGGGAUGGAGUGGCUACACUGUCUCAGCCAGCAGUAAUAUCUACCCAUAAAAAUUAGCUUGUUACCUUGGCCUGCAGUCAGCCCAAAGCCGGUAGGUUCUGGGAAGGGAGUUACUACCUGUGAAGGUAGGGUUGAGUGCAUCAGGGGCCUUGUGACUGUUCUCACAGUACUGUUUGCCUGAAGAAGAGGUCUGCUUUCAGUACAUAUUUAAGGUGAGAUUCUUGCUUCUGUUUGCAAGUAUGAUUUCAUAAAAAUCUCUGAACUUUAUAGAUUGACAUGGUCAAAGAGACAUUAGAAAGAAGAUAAUAAUGAGGAGAUCAUUACCAAACAUUUAUUGAACAUUUUGUAGGAUGCUAAUACUGUGCUAAGUGCUUGACAUUCUUUCACUGAAUCUCACUGAACAUGCAAUAAAUAACCCUAUGAGCAAAGUACUGUAGUUACCCUAGUUUUACAGAUAUGGAAGCUGAGGCAUCCAGUGGUUAAGUGAACUACCCAGGAUCAUAUACGUACUAAAUGGCAGAGUCACUUGUCAAUUCUGGUGUGUCUGGCACCAAAGCCCACAUUUUUACCCUAUGAUAAGCCCUUUAUUUUACAGAUAAGGAAGUGAAGGUCCUAAGAGGCCAAGACCCGUGGUCACUGUCCUUUGUACUCUUAGUCUGGGUCUUUUUCUGCAUUAUAUCCUCUUAAUAAAUUUUUUAUAGCUAUGCAUUUUGUCAAGUAUUUCUGGCCUCUGUGAAUCUGACUAAUGUGUCAAAUUGAUACCAAAGUUACUAGGUUUGUAAACGUUUAGAUAGAAUAAGAUUUAGAUUUUUUAAACUUUGUAGUGGAAUCACUUAAUCUGAUUUUUAAUGAAGCGUUUUCUACCAGACUCUUAUAAAGGAGAUGCUGUCUCUUAUGUGCUAUUAAAAGUUGAACCUUGUGACUACUGUCUAUGUUUUUCUUUUAGAGAGGUCAAAAGGGGCAGCCUGUGACUUCAUGUAAAAAAUAGCCACCAACAAUCUAUCCAGCAUCAUUUUUAGUUCUGUAAUUUUGGUAACGCCACAUUUUCAAAACAGAUUAAAUUUGUCUGAUUUAUUUCAGAAGUAUAUAUUACAAAGCAUUUAAAGGCAAUUGAGAAUUCAAAUGCGCACAGCAGAGCUAGAGAGCUUUUUACAGAGAGGCCAUCUAAGAGAGAAAGAAGAUAUACCAUCAAGACCUAGAAGAAUUCUACCAUUUUCUUCUUCACCUUGAGGAGAUUUGGAAAUUAGAGGGUAACGAUUUGCAUGAAAAUUACUGAAUGCUUUUUCUUCUUAUCUCUGAGGCCUUCUGUGGAGAAUUAACAGGCGGUCGAAUGAGCACAUGGAUAAAAUGGAUCAUCUUAAAGGAUUGAAAUUCCAAAAAUAUAUCAGCAAGACUGAACAGGUUUGACAUAAUGAGAUUUCUAUUUUAGCUUGACUUCUGGAACUCUGAAUAAACCAUAAACUGAGCUGCCCAAGGUCCUGGGAAGGAAGUUUCUUUUCUAAAAUAUUCUGGCCAUAUAACAUUUUUUUUAUUCGUGACCUUUGAAAAAGUAUAUUUACUCAUAAACUUUCUUAGGAAUAAGACUAUUAGACACUUACCAAGUUUUAAUAUAUGGAGAUAGAAAACAGCAAUGUGGUAUCAUGCUGAAAGAGAAAUUUGAUUAAAGAAACGGAGACCAGAAAGAGGCAAAAUCUCUACGUAAGCAUUGGUUGAGAUGGCAGAAGCAUCUGUGGAUGCCUCAACUCCACCUGUAACAGUGAAGAAAAAGAAAAGUCUAUCCAUUGAAGAAAAGAUCGACAUCAUAAAUGCAGUAGAAAGUGGCAAGAAAAAAGCAGAGAUUGCAGCUGAAUAUGGAAUAAAGAAAAAUUCAUUGUCUUCUAUUAUGAAAAAUAAAGACAAAGUUCUAGAAGCCUUUGAAUCUCUGAGAUUUGACCCAAAGAGAAAAAGACUGAGAACUGCUUUUUACACAGAUCUGGAAGAGGCACUAAUGAGGUGGUAUCGAAUUGCUCAGUGUCUAAAUGUACCAGUUAAUGGUCCAAUGUUGCGUCUAAAAGCUAAUGAUUUUGCCCAGAAACUGGGACAUAAUGAUUUUAAGUGCAGUAAUGGUUGGCUGGAUCGCUUUAAAUCCAGGUAUGGUUUAGUAUUCAGAGCUCAGCCUGUAGAAGCCACAACACCAGUAGACCCUUCAGCUGUCUGGCACCAAAACGUACUUCCUUAUUAUUUAAACGAUUAUCAUGCUAAAAAUGUUUUUAAUAUAAAAGAGACUGGGCUGCUUUAUAGAAUGUUACCUACAAAUACAUUUGCAUUUAAAGGAGAAACAUGCUCAAUUGGAAAGUUAUGCAAAGACAGAAUAACUCUGGUAGUCGGUGCCAACAUGGAUGGUUCAGAGAAACUUCCUUUGCUUAUCAUUGGAAAAAACAGAAAUCCACAUUGUUUCAAAGGAAUUAAAUCAUUGCCUGUAUGUUAUGAAGCUAAUAGAAUGGCAUGGAUGACCUCAGAUGUAUUUGAACAAUGGAUGCGGAAGCUUGAUGAGAAAUUUCAAGCCCAACAACGACGAGUGGUGAUUUUUGUUGAUUCUUUUCCUGCGCAUCCAGAGGUAAAGAACCUAAAGUCCAUUGAGUUAGCAUUCUUUCCAUCAUGUUUGUCUUCCAAAUUUAUAGCAAUGAAACAAGGUGUUAUUAAAAGCCUUAAAAUAAAAUACCGACAUUGUCUUAUCAAGAAAUUUUUAAGUUCUGUUGAAGGCAGCAAGGAAUUUACGUUUUCCCUGCUAGAUGCAGUUGAUGCUUUGCACCUCUGUUGGAGAGCUGUAACCCCCGAGACUAUUGUUAAGGGCUAUGAAGAGGCAGGAUUCAAAUCUCAAAAUGACGAAAGUGACAAGACAAACGCGGAGACAGACCCUGGUCUUGAUUUGGUUGCCCAUGCCCAGGCCGCGGGAGUGGAAUUUCCCGAAGGUUUAUCUAUAGAGGGCUAUGCUGCCCUGGAUGAUGAUCUGGAGACCUGCGAAACGACACCAGGGGAAGAAGAUUCGGGGGGGACCGCAGAGAGUAAAUCAGAUGAAGCUGCAUUUGAUACUUCUGACGAUGAAGAUGAUGGUGGAUCUCUAGGAGCCCAACUCCCUUUACCGUCAAAAAGUGAGGCAAUAACUGCUUUAGAUACUCUUAAAAUUUUUCUCAGAAGUCAAGAUAUCGAUGAUGGGCUUCAUAAUUCUUUAGCAGACCUUGAAAUUUUUGUUAACUCUUUAUCAUCUAAAUAAUUAUUUACGUACAUCUGAAAAGUAAUAGCUUUUCCUAAUGCAUUUUACUAUAUAAGGUAUAUAAAGAGAAAAUGCCACUUAAAGAUAAAAAAUGAAAAGCUAGUAAUUUUUGGUUUAAUUGAAAAUGUCUUUGGUUUGAAUAACAAAGUUCCCUAAGGUAGAUUGAAUAAUGAGUAAGUAAAUGAAAAGUAUGAAUUUCAAUUUAACAAGGUUUUAGGGAGUAGAAAAUGUAUUUCAGAGGCCUUGUACUUGAAACAUAUGGCAUAUAUGUUAAAAAAUAAAAAGAACUCUCCAGCUAUUUGAUUCAUACAGGUUGACUUGGUGAUUACUCUUUUCUUCUUUUUAAGGCUCAGAUUGUGUUCUGGUAUAUUUUAAUUUACCUAUAUAAGAAACAAAAUAUCUAUUGCUUAGAUGUUUGUUUUUAUAAAGACAUGUUCUAUAGAUUUAUUUAAAGUUACUUUUCUUGUAACAAGCUAAUCUUUCUAAUAAGAAAUUAUGGAAACUACUGAAAAUAAAAUCUGACCCAAUAUCUCAGAAUGAUGAAAAACAUAUGUCUCACUACUUUCAAGUUUUCUACAUAAGGUCAAAUGAAAGAGUAUGACCUUGUCAGACUUUUUUUGUCAUCUACAACUGGAAGAUGAUAUGGAUUCUUCCUAAAUAUUUGUAUGUAUAUGUGUGUUUUUAAUAGAAAAAUACAUUAUUGAAACAUUUAUUAAACUCUUAUGAUAUUUAUAUUUCAACAAGAUUACUCUUAAAAAGUAAAUAUAAAUAUACAUAUGUAGUUACUAAAAAGAAGUCUUUUAUGUGGUUCUUAGUUUUCUAAUUUUAACAACUGAAACUUUAAAUCUGUAGUAUUUAAUUAUUUUCUUGAUUUUACUGAAUUUUAUUUUCAGGAAAAACUGUCCUUUUAGCAUAUUUUAAUGUAUUUAAUCCUUUUUUUUUUCAAAUUCAGUGGUUAACCUUUUAGAUUAAAUUUCUGUUUGAGGAUAUUUUAUUUCCAGAGUUUUUUUUAUAGUAAUAUAUGUUUACAGUAAUAUAUUGUAUGAAAUUAUUUAUUCUCCAGUCAUAAAAUAAUCUUUAAACAGUAGAAAAAUAUAACAAUGUGUCAGACUUUUCUGUUGUUAAAUGUUAAAUGCCAUGCUUAUUUAGCUUAUUUAGGACCCCCUUUAAAGAGUAUUUUGAAAAAACGUAAAAUGUUAUACAGAUUAUUUUUAUUAUGAAUUAUUAUUAGUCUGCCAAUAAAAGACACAUUUGGAAGGAAAUAUUUAUGGAAAGUAUUUUUAUUUUCCACUGUUGAUUUGCUCUUCUUUUGAGAUUUAGUAAUAAUAAGCCUUAAAAAUGUUUUAAAAUUAAGGAAGUUUCUUUAAAAGUGAAAUAUUGAUUGCGUAUAUUUAAUAAAAAGCAUUUUUGUUAGUGAUUUGAUUUGAAAUUUUAGUGUGGUGGAAUCAUGAACCUAAAUCAUAGACCUUAAUCUCUCUUGAGAACCAUAGCUGUAACUACAACCUGGCAUAUAUUGAGGCCUCAAUAAAUUUUUUUCUCUUUCUUUCUCCACUUCUUACCAUUUGAUAUCAAGUAUUUUUAAUUUAAUCAUUCCAGAUAUUCUGUGACACAAGAAUUAUUAUCUCCAUUUGUACAGAUGAGGAAAUUAAAAUCUGGAAAGAUGAUUUGGUUAAAAUUUCAGAGCCAAAAUGAAAACUCAUAGUUCCCUGAAACCUAGUCCUAUGUUCCUCUAUCUAUAUACCACAUACUUCUAUACUCUGUUGUUUUUUCCCCCUUGAGUUUAGAGGCUCGAGGGCCAAGUACUUCAGAGAACAUGCUAGAUCUAUGCCAAUA